AUGGUCAGCUCAAAUCCUCGAUCUACUAAUGCAUGCGAGACGUGCCGGAGACGCAAGGUCACGUGCUCAGGCGAAAAGCCAUGCCGCGCUUGCAUCAAGCACAAUUGGGAAUGCACUUUUGGACAUUCCGGACGUAGACGUUACUCUGAGGCGCAAGUGAAACAUCUCUUAGAUAGGAUUCAAGUCUAUGAGGAGCAGCUACAGUCUCAGACAACUGGGGACACAAUUUCUUCUCUCCCUUCUCCCAAUGAAGCGCAGAGGACAAGUGGUCGCCGGUCUUUGCAGGGUGGUUCUCCAACCACUGGUGAUACACCCAAGGAUGUCGCAGAAGGCAACUUAUCAUACGCCGAUGGUGAUUCUACUAUAAGCCCAGAAACGGACCUGGCUUCCGGACCCGCAUUUGAGUCUCAAGUCAGAUCUCUUCUUGAUAAUUCCCGUUCCAGUGAGGUCACAUUUCAUGGAACACAUUCAUCUCCUCAUGUAUCAAGUACCCCGGGGUCUCAAUGGUCAUCAAUUAAGGAACUAGUCAGCGAUGCGCCUGACUUGUCCAUUCCGUCAAUGGAAGAGUCGCAGCAUUUACUUGAUCAAUUCCUCUUCUAUCUUGGCGUCAGUCAACACUUCUUUGAUUCACGCUCUUUCUCUGAUAAUCUUGGAUUGCUUUUUCAAUCACCAGAGGCAAAGCACCGACAGAUGAACACCAUUUGGUUUGCCGAAUAUCUUUUGGUGAUGGCCAUGGCAAAGCUUAUGGAUGUCAAACAUCCCACUUCCCAGACCCCUGGGGCAGAACUGUUCGCAGAAGCACUGAAGCUUCUUCCUCCGUUGCAUCAGAUGGGUGGGGAGGGUGUUAUGGCAGUUGAGAUAUUGACCCUCAUUGCGACAUACUUGCAAUGGUGUGACCGCAAACAUGACGCUUAUCUACAUAUUGGCCUCGCACUACGACUUGCCAUAGCUCUCGGUUGCAAUCUGCAAGAAAGAGAACAGGGCUGUCUUCCAUCUGAGAGUGCCCAUAGGCUACGACUUUGGUGGACAGUAUACAUGCUAGACAGGCGACUUUCUUCUGGUCUUGGACUAGCUGCUGGAGCUGACGAACGACAGUUACGCACCGAACUUCCUCGAAAUGCUGUGGGAUUUCAAUCGCCAAUUGCCCUCGCUAUUAACGUACGCAUUGCACGGGUUACAGACGAAAUCAUGUCCACUCUUUAUGGUAAUAAAUCCAUCACCCAACUUGAAUUGGUCCGGAACAUCCAAAAAAUCCUCCAAGAAUUGCAUGAGACUGGUCGAUCGUUUCCCAAGACAUUGGUUCUGGAUUUUAAUCGGCCUCUUAAGGCAGUAACUCGCACAGGUGCAUCCUUAUAUCUAAUGCUAUUUCAAGUGAGCUAUUCCAACACCCAGCAUCCAUCAUGUACUAAUUUGAGAAAGGCAAUCAUCUUAUGUACCCGGCCCAUACUGUUGCAAAGAGCUCGAUUAAAAGCACAAAGAGAACACCGGUCACCGGGACCUGAUCCGAUGCCCAGCAUCCUCCUUCGUCUCUGCGAGACUUGCAAUGAAGCAGCCACUAGAAGUCUUGCCAUACUUGAAUCUCUUCGGCAGCAACAAACCAUCCCUCGGUAUGGAUUUUUCGACCUAGAUGCCACCUUUUCAGCUGCCUUCGUGCUAGUGAUGGUUGGAUUCCUUGAUCCUUCACAAGGAAACCCUCCAUUAGCGUUAGAUCAGGCGUUCGAGGUACUCCAAUUUCUAUCUCAUGCAGGAAAUUCAGCAGCCGAACGACGCCUCCAAGACAUCGCCCACUCCUGUUCCCAUGUUUGGCCAGACUACGUCUUCAACGCAAGUGAACGGCAAAGUGGUGCAUUGUCCCGGCAGAAGAACCAGUUCAUAUCGGAUUCGAGGCAAUACUCAUUGGCAACUUCUUCGGGCUAUCCACCGCCCAAUGACUUUGGCUCCCGUGGUCGAAAUUACGAUUCGGGUGAAUCCAGACCACUGGAGCAGUGUCCUAACCUUGACUUUGCAGACUCAAUGUUUGAUAUGGACAUGGAUUGGAAUAUAGAUCUCUCUGUGGAAGCGGAAGGGAUAUAUUCAAGUUUCCACAAUCCGACUUUGUCUCUGACAGGAGUUGACUAUAUCGACUGGUUGGAGAUUGAAAAGGUGUUUAGUGGGCCAUAA